CCAGCACAGAGCUUGUUCCACCUGUCGCCAAGUCGGCACUCGCGCCGACGCGUCCAACGGAUCGGAGAAGCCUCGGAAGGAAAGGAAAAGAAAGAAAAAUGGCCGUCACCUUUGACCACUGACCUGGCCUGCCUGAGCCCUGAGCUGAGCCAGCACAGAGAGACACCUCCCCUCCCUUUUCUUCUUCCAGGUCAGGUCAACCUCCCUCCCUCCCUCCUCACCACCACCACCUCCUCUCUCACAUAUAUAGCCACCCGCCUGCCACAGUUUAUUACAAGCCCGGCCAUCCCGAUCGAGCUCGCUUCAAUUCUCACACCGUACGUUGCACGUGGAUCCAUCCGAUCCCUAGGCUCUCUUCAGACAUUGGGACAUGGGGAACGGACUCUCCUUCUCCCCGUCGUGCCUGCACCUGCCGGCGGCGGCGGCGCCCACGGCGGUGCGGCUGGUGUACUGGGGCGGUCUGUCGAGGCAGCUGGUGAUCACGGGCGGCGGCGGCGGCGACGUCACGGCCGGGGACGUCGCGGCGGAGCUCCCGGCGCCGACCGCGGGCUACGCCGUGUGCCCCGCCGACGCCUUCUUCGUCGGCCUCCCGAUCCCGGCCAUGUCUCCGGGCGAGGAGCUCCUUCCCGGCAGGACCUACUUCGUGCUCCCCGCCGCGCGCCUCCCCUGCCUCAAGGCGCUCACGCCCGCUACGCUCGCCGCGCUGUCGUACGGCGACGGCGGCAGCAAUGGCAAUGGCAAUGGCAAUGGCAAGAGGAAGCAGCCCUUGUUUGCGGUGGCGGGCCCGUGCCCGUUCGAGCACGUCAAGGGCGCCGACGGCGCCGCGCCCCUCAUCAGGGUCCUCCCGGAGUUCAUCGAGAAGCUCAUCACCUGCGACGCAGCAGGUGGCCGCGGCGCCAACUCAAAAGCCAAGGACAAGGACGCGGAGCUGUGCAGCACGCCCGAGCUGAAGCGGCAUUACGCGCAGCUCGUCGGGACCGGCAGGAGCCGCCCCUGGUCGCCCAGGCUGGAGACCAUCUCCGAGCGCAAUAGGAGCCGCUGGAUGACGGCGGCGGCGAGGACCAUGCUGUCCUCGCGCUAGGCGCUAGCUGUUAAUUAGCUCCAGGAGAUUUCCGCUUAAUUAGGAACGAACGAUGAACACCAACAGCAAAAAAAAAAAUGUAUUUUUUUUUCACUGUGUC